CAUGUUGCAAUUGCUCUCUGUCGUCGCGCGCUCGUGAUCGCACGCGUUGCGACGCGGUUACGUUGCCACGACCAGCAGUGUUCGACAGUGUCGUGGGGUACAGGAAAAACUCGACAUGUCGUUCGGUAGCGGUUUCGGAGCGUCCACGUCGGCGCCCGCACCCACGUUCGCCUUUGGUACCACGCCGGCAUCUACAGCGACGCCGGUUAAACCUGUGGCAGGUUUUGGAACGCCCUCGUUUGGAUUUAGCACACCAACUACUUCAACGCCAAGUUUGUUUGGCACCCCAUCGACACAGACCACUGGAUUCGGUACUAGCACUGGAUUUGGUACGCCAGCGGCCACCGGUUUUGGUACAGCGCCCAACACGGGUUUUGGAUCGGCGCCUACCUUUGGUACCGCGCAACCUAGCGCCUUUGGUUCCGCACCAGCUUUCGGUAGCACUUCCGCUUCCUCUGCAACCACUGGAUUUGGUACAACUUCGACAUUUGGCACUCCUGUUUGUACCACAUCUGGUUUUGUUGGUUUUGGGACAGCUACGACAUCGACGUUGAGUUUUGGAGGUUUUGGCGGAUUUGGGACAACCACCACUACAUCUACUCCUAGCUUAUUUAGUGGAUUUGGUACUGCGAACACCGCUUCAACAGGUUUUGGCACAAACACGGGUUUCGGUACAUUUGGAAACAAGCCGGUUACUACUAGUACUACUGGAUUUGGUGGAUUUGGAACAGGAACAGGAUUCACUGGAUUUGGUACUGGACUAACACAGCCUCAGCAGCAACAGCAACAGCAACAACAGCAGCAACCUACAAAUACUGCAUCUGAAGCUCUCUAUAAUGCUGUGUUUAAUUGUCAAUUGUAUAAUGAUGAACGAGAUAAUACCAUUGCGAGGUGGAAUCUUAUUCAAGCAUUAUGGGGUACAGGAAAGGCUUACUAUUCGGUAAAUGCCCCACCUAUAGAACUUACUCAGGAGAAUUCGUUAUGCAGAUUUAAAGCCAUUGGAUAUAGUCGCAUACCUGAUGCUGACAACAACGAUGGUUUAGUAGUAUUGUGCUUUAAUAAGAAAGAAAAGGACGUACAAGAUGGAAAACAGCAGUUGAUAGUAUUUCUCAAUGGUUUAUUGGGGAAUAAACCCAACCUGACAGUAACCGUUGAUAACGUCAAAUCAACGGGGGAAAACAAGAGUCAAGUUACAAUUUAUGUAUCAGAAAAGGGAAUUACCGGUUCUUACAGAAAAAUUCCUGCCAAUGAAUUAGUCGCAUAUCUAUCACAAGUUAUGCAAAAACAGCAAUUAGUACAAAACGGAGUGGAAGACAUAUUUCCACUAGUAAAGCUUGAUCCGUCACAGCUGAAAGAAUAUCUGGACAAUCCACCUUGCGCUAUCGACGCUAGAUUAUGGAAGCAAGCGCAGUUGGACAAUCCCAAUCCAGAACUGUAUAUUCCAGUGCCAAUGAUCGGCUUUCAACAAGUUAAGCACAGAUUGAAAUGUCAAGAAGAAGAAACUGCUAGACACAGAGCAUUUCUGGAUAUGGCGGCUGAAAAAAUACAAGGCUUGCAAAGGCAGCACACAGCUACGCAGGCCCGACUUAAGGAACAUAGGCGUACGUUAUUAGAACUUCAACACAGGGUUCUACAGAUACUAGUACGGCAAGAGAUUACACGAAAAGUCGGAUUAUCCUUACAACCGGAAGAAGAGGUUCUAACACGCAGAUUUGAAGCAAUGCAUUCACAAAUUAGUGCUCCAACACAAUAUAAAGGUAGAAUUAGUGAAAUGCUCUCUCAGCUCAGAAUGAGACGGCACAUCGAUAUUCAAAACCAAGAAAGGUAUACAAUGGAUCCCAUAGCACAGGAUGAUAUUAAAACGUACCUAAGUAUGGAGCAGCAAGGUAUGGCGCAGCUUAUUUCGACAAUAAACGCUGAUUUAGAAAGCUUAAAAGUCAUUAAGGAUGGAAUGUCAGAGCUUUUGAUGAGUCAAAGUAUAUCUUGAGGAUUGUAAUAUAUAAUAAAAAUUUUUUCAUACGUCUUCUAUACAAUUAAAAGACAAACGUGUUUAUUAAUGUUUAUAUAAAUAAUCAUGGUUGUAUAAAUUACUUCUAUUUUUCACAAAAAAA